AUGGACCCAGAUUAUGACGACGAUUUCUCGGAAUUUGAGUUAUUAGAAUUACUAUCUAAAGCUAGAUACUCCAAAGUUCGUUCCUCCAAAGUUAAAUGCCCAAAAUGUCAUCAUUACUUUAUUAGUAAAACAGAUCCUCAACUCUGCAAAUAUUGCUUUAGCAACAAAUUUCAGCAGGUUGAUAGCGGUAGUAAAGAAGUUGAUAAAUACAUUAAAAACACACACACAAAUUUACGAGAAAAGCAACUUGCGUGGAUCUCUUAUGACGACCUAGAAAUUAGAGAACAAAUAGGUCAAGGUGGGUUUGGUAAAAUAUUCAAAGCUUUGUGGAGUAGGAGAGAAACCGUCUAUAGUAAGCAUAAAGGAAAAAAAGAAAACGUGUAUAAACAAACGGUUGCAUUGAAGAUUUUUAAUGAUUCUAAUGUGAUUGGCUUUGAUUUCUUAAACGAGUUACAACAUACGAAUCAGAGCUUUAAAAAGUACCGAGAUAGACGUUGUCCAAUAGUUCUUUGUUUUGGAGUGUCUCGAGAACCAUCAUCCGGAAAUUUAAUUUUAAUCAUGGAACAUUGUAGAGACGGCGAUUUUCACAAGCAUUUAAGCAAGGAUUUUGAAAAAAUUACUUGGAUGACCAAGGCUUGGUAUCUACGACCAACAAUUAAUGCGCUUUAUAAGAAAGUGUGUAAAUUUGUUGACCCCAAAGGUUCUCCCUCUAAUAUUCGUAAUCGUUAUAAACCAAUAUUUGAAGAAUCUGAAAAUGAACGUAUGAAAAUAAUUCGUACGGCGAGAGAUGUCAUAAAUGAACAUUCAGAAUCCGUUUAUACUAGCAGAUUAUUAACUCCUAUGUUAACAGAAAUUAAGUUAAUAACAG